CGCCCCCUGCCGGCGGCGGGUGGCGCUGGGCGAGGCAGAAGCGGCGGCGGGAUAUAUCCCGGCAUGCUGCGCGCGCGCAAAGCCCGCUGGGAAAUGUAGUCCGGUAGAUAGACUCACGAGAACUACGAGUCCCGGCGUGCCCCGCGGCCGGAGCGGAUAUCCGGCGGGAGGAGGCGGGCCGAUCCCUAGCUAGCGCCGGGGGGAGCGGGCUACGGACCGGGACCGCCAUGAUCCGCUUCAUCCUGAUCCAGAACCGGGCUGGGAAGACCCGCCUGGCCAAGUGGUAUAUGCAGUUCGACGAUGACGAGAAGCAGAAGCUGAUCGAGGAGGUCCACGCUGUCGUCACUGUCCGUGAUGCUAAACACACCAAUUUUGUGGAGUUCCGCAACUUCAAGAUCAUUUACCGACGCUACGCGGGGCUUUACUUCUGCAUCUGCGUCGAUGUCACCGACAACAACCUGGCUUACCUCGAAGCCAUCCACAACUUCGUGGAGGUCCUCAAUGAAUAUUUUCACAAUGUCUGCGAGCUCGACUUGGUCUUCAACUUCUACAAGGUCUACACGGUGGUGGAUGAGAUGUUCCUGGCCGGGGAGAUCCGGGAGACAAGCCAGACCAAGGUGCUCAAGCAGCUCCUGAUGCUGCAGUCACUGGAGUGAGCUGGGACCAAACUACACCCUCUAGCCUUCCUCUCCCCCCCCGCCCCUUCCUCCUCGGACCCCCCAGGGGGGCGGCGUGGGGCUCUUGGUAUCGUGUGUGUCAAUCCUACCCUCCCUUCUCCAUGUCCCAGUCAUUGU